AUGCGGUGCUCGAGCAGCUCGCGAUCUGACUUGAACAGCCUCCCGGACACGCCCGAAUCGCCCAAGAGGCUGCCAGAGGACCCUGAGCCGCCCAGCUCCGGCGUGGGAGUCCCGCCCGAGCAGCUUCAUGGCGGCGACGGUGCUGUCGUGCAGCACGAAGGAACGCAGCGAACGGGACGCGUGAGCACAGGCCGCUCGGGCAAGUCCAAGCGCGUGCUGCGCGCGGAGAGGCGGCUGCGCGCCGGAGCUGGGACGCCGCCCGACGGCGACCGGCUCGGCCGCGUCUCUCCCGGCGGCUUGUCGCCCGGCCGCCUCAGUGGCCGAGGGAGCCCCGCGUCGCCGAUCGAGUCGGCGCUCGGCGAAGUCGGCAGGCUGUGGGGCGUCCUCCGCCAAGAGCUGGCACGCGAGACGCCGUACGUGCCGGGCCUCUCGAUCCACACGCCCAAGCGGCGGCACGGCGCGAAGCUGCCGACGGUCUUCGAGGUCGUCACCGAGGCGGUGGAGAUGCAGCGGAGGCAGUCCUUCGCGCUGCGGCGGGGCGAGGCGUCGGUCGGCGGUGGAGCACCGGGCUGA